CUCACUCUUCAACAACACCAAAAUUCCUUAUUUCUCUUUACACAAACAGCAAUGGCGAAAGGAGGAAAACUCACAAAACUCAAAUCCGUGUUGAAGAAAAUGCAAUCCUUCAAAAUUGGCCGAGUAAAUAGCACCGCUGGCGUAGCAGCAACUCAUCAUCAUUCUUCCUCCGAAGAAGACGAUUCAUUUUCCGAUGAAAAUCGCUGCUCCGGUAAGAAUUUGUUCCCGGUAUACGUCGGAAAAUCUCGCCGCCGGUACCUGGUGAGCUCCGACGUAAUCGAUCACCCGCUAUUUCGCGAACUCGUGGAAAGGUCCGGUGAGACUGAAGAAUAUAUUACAGUUGGAUGUGAAGUCGUGCUGUUUGAACAUUUGUUAUGGAUGCUUGAAAAUGCAGAUCCUCAGCCAGAGUCAUUAGAGGAAUUGGUUGAAUUUUACUCUUGCUGAUAUGGAAAUAACUGAAUGGUAAAAAAUAACUGUGGCGUGGGAAUUGGAAAUGGCUAAUAUUUGGUAGUAAAUAGUUGUAAAUUUAAUUUUCUGUUCUUAUUUUUUUUUUGGGGGUUAAGAGUUAAUGAUUUUGAUUAAUUAGUGGUUUAGAAGGAGCGGAGGGAAAAAAAAAUAAAUUAAAAAAGAGGAUUAGCCUAAGGCAAAUCUCUUCUGUAUUUAAGAGACAAGCCUAAUGAGUGAUUUGUUAUUUAAUUAAUGCAUGUUCCAUUCUUUCCAAAUAUGUACCAAGUUUUUGUUCUUAUCCAUUUUGUUCCUUCA